AUGCAUCGUCGUUCCUUGCUAUUGGCCCUCACCUGCCUCCUCACACAGGCACAAUGCCUGGAAAGCGCCAAUGCUGCCAACUCAGGCGACGCGUCGCAGCAUCCCGUGACGGAUGGCGACGGCUGCACCGUCAGCCACCUGACGACCUAUGAGAUGGAGAAGGACCGGAAGAAGCGCGUCUUCUUCUCCACCAGCCCUCUCGACGACCCCGAGGCGCCCAAGAUGCUGCCGCUCAACUCGACCGGCGGCGAGCAGUGGGAGUUCGACGGCGUGUCCGACGACGGCCUGACCAUGUUCUGCAUCGGCUUCUACCGCGACCCAAACUACGCGAUCCUCGGCACGGGCAACCUGCGGCUCUCGGCCGAGUUCGCCUACCCCAACGGGACGCGCUUCGUGCGGGUCGACUACCCGACCGACUCGAUCGUCGAGUCGUGCCCGGGGCACACGCGCGGGACGUGGAAGACCGAGGACUACAGCUACACGUUCGAGGUGUCCAAGGACAUGAGCACGGCGCGCAUCACCUUUGACACGGACGACCUCAAGGGCACCGCGCUGAUCCAGUCGGUCACGGGCCCGCGGUACCCGGACGGCUCCGUCUUCCCGCAGGAGAAGGCCACGACCGAGGUCGUGCCCUACUUCCGCUGGGUCGAGCCGAUCCCCGUGGGCAGGGUGACCCUCGAGGCCGACAUCCAGGGCGAGCCGUACCGGCUCACGGGCCUCGGCGGCCACGAGAGGCUGUGGACGGCCUUCAGCUGGUUCACGUGCCUGAGGACCUUCACGGCGCUGCGCAUCAUGGCCGGCCCGUACGCCCUGACGCACGUCAGCUACGGCUCGGCCGUCGACAAGACGCUGUACCGGCCGUCCGUGGCGAUGUGGGAGGACGGGGAGCACGUCUUCUCGGCGACCCACGACUCCCCGUCCGACACCGAGGACUACGCGGUCCUGGAGAAGACGUACGGCGGCAAGGUGACGGGCAACCUCAAGGACAAGAUGACCGGGCUGGAGCUGGUCAUGGUGUCCCCAAAGAGGCGGAAGCAGUGGAGCUUCACAGUGACCGCCAAGAACGUGGGGUUCGAGUACAUGUUGGGCGAGGGUGUCGGUGGAACUGGGUUCUCGGCCGAGGCGGUUGGCGGGCCGAUCGGGCUGAGACAGUACCACGGCGCGGCCUUUGCCGAGGCUUUGGAGUUCCCUAAGAACUCGUACCUGUUCAAGCCAAACUACGUGCAUGACGAGCUGUGA